AUGGCUCAACAUGUAUCCGAUCCAUAUGUUCGUCGAUCCGUCAAAGAAAAUUAUCGAGCACGAAGUGCUUUUAAAUUGAUCGAAAUCAAUAAUAUGUAUAAAUUUCUCGAACCUGGUCAUGCUGUUAUUGAUAUGGGUGCAGCUCCUGGUGCAUGGUCACAAGUACUCGUGAAAGAAGUUAAUGCUCGUAUUACAAAAGGAAAGAAAACUCAACAACCGUCACAACAACAACUGCACCAAACUGAAUUGUUACAUCCAAAGGAAAUAACAUCAUUCCAUAAAGCGAAUCCUGAUUUAAAAUGUGGAAUAGUUAUAGCACUUGAUCGUAAUCCAAUUUUUGAAAUACCCGGUGCACAUAUUAUUGACGAUUGGAAUUUAACAGAAGAAACAACCAAUGAUUGUAAUAAACGAUUACACGAUUUAUUAAAUCGUUUAAAAAUUGAUAAAGUCGAUGGAAUUAUUUCUGAUAUGUGUCCUAAUGUUACUGGCUGUAAAGAAAUGGAUCAUGCAGCUAUUGUGAGACUUCAACGACAAGCUCUCGACUUCACUCGCCGAUUGUUGAAACCAAAUGGUUAUUUUCUUUGCAAAUUAUUUCAAGGGCAAGAUACAUUUCAAGAAAUGCGUUCAUUAUUUGAAUCUAUUUUUCGUAUUGUUCAUCUGGUAAAACCAAGUGCAUCACGUGAACAAUCACCGGAAAUGUAUUUGUUAGGAUUGAAAUAUCACGGUGAUGCAUCAAAUACAUUAACCACCACUGCUGAUACUAAUAUUAAUAAUCCAAGAAUCGAAACAAAUCGAGACGAAAUUAAAAAACUUCUUGCUGAAGCUCGACGCAUACGCACGAAGAAAAAUGAAAAAUAG